UGAAGUUACAUGACAUUUUAUAUAUCCAUGUCAGGCUAAAAAUGUCUAUAAUUGCACAUAAUUUUCUUUGUACAUCUUACGGGGGAAAUUGUUUCACUUGCUAUUUUCAUUUCUCUUUUGCUUCUUGCAGCUAGAUGGUAAUACUCAAGUUCGGCUCCUUCGCAGUAUUUGGGUGCCAGGAAAACAUCAUCCUUUUCCACUGGACAAUAAGCGAAACCUGAAAUUUCAGCAUCAGUGGCUCCAGCGUUGGCCUUGGCUUGCAUAUAGCGCGUCAAAUAAUGGUGCAUUUUGCAAACAUUGUGUGUUGUUAGCGCCAGAUAAUGUUCGAGGUCAGCGACUCCGAAAGUUAGUGACGGAGCCUUACACCAAUUGGAAGAAUGCUCUUGAGCACUUCGGAGCUCACGAACAAAAUGAGUACCAUAAGACAUGUGUGGAAAGUGCGUGUCGCUUACUGAAAAUAGCUGACAAGAAGGAGACAUCAAUAAUACAUCAAGUGGACAAAUCAGCAAAACAAAAAGUGGAAGAAAAUCGCAAAAAGAUUCGCCCCAUCAUAGACACCGUAGUAUUAUGUGGAAGACAAGGACUUGCCCUCAGAGGGCACCGAGAUUCUGGCCUGAUAAGUACAGACGAAGAACCAUUGGCGAAUGAAGGUAAUUUUAGAGCUCUCCUCCGUUAUCGGGUGCAGGCUGGUGACCAGAGUUUGAAGACGCACCUGGAACAGUGCAAUAAAAAUUCUUCGUACCUUAGUCCACGGAUCCAAAACGAGAUAGUAAACUGCUGUAACACCUACAUCCGAGACAAAAUUGUAAAACGGAUAAAUGCUGCCCAGUGCUUCUCCGUAUUGGCAGACGAAACUACCGAUGUGUCAAGCGUGGAACAGUUUUCCCUGUGUGCGAGAUACGUUGACGAAAAGAUGUGCGUUCGUGAAGACUUUUUGCAAUUCGUACCUGUGUAUAACCUAACAGGAAAGAAUCUUGCAAAUGUACUGACGGAGAGUCUGGAAGGGUAUGGGAUCAACCUCCAAUACCUCCGUGGUCAAGGUUAUGACGGGGCAGCAGCCAUGAGUGGGAGAUUUAAAGGUGUACAGAGUCACAUUUCAAAAGAGUACCCCAAUGCCCCAUAUGUGCAUUGUGCGGCACACAGUCUUAACCUCGCGGUGUCGGGGUCAUGUAAUGAACGUCCGAUAAAAAACUGUAUGGGAACAAUAGAAAGUGUUUACAGCUUUCUUAAUACUGCCAAGCGUCAAGCUGUACUGAAAGAAAGUGUAGAAACAAUGAAAGCAGGGUCUCCUAAACCACGUGUGGAGAAACUUAAACAACUGUGCCACACAAGAUGGAUAGCCAGACAUGAUUCGGUACUAACAUUUUUAGAGUUGCUUCUUCCAGUAGUAGAUUCACUGGAGUCUAUUUCAGAGUGGGAAGACAGAGUCUCCGCUACAAAUGCUUCCCAACUUCUUUGCGCUAUUAGGCAUUCAGAGUUUAUAGUAUCACUUCACGUAAUUGCAGAAGUCUUUUCAAAGAGCCUGCCCCUUUGCAGAGACUUACAGAAAGAAGCGACUGAUCUUGCUGCUGCGAUGUCAUCCGCACAAAUACUAGUACAAGCUCUAGUGGAGAUGCGAAGCAAAGCAGACAUAGACUUUAAUGACAUAUUUCUACGGGCUACCAAGACAUGUGAUGCCAUCGGAGUGACUAUCAAUCUUCCAAGACUUGCAGGAAGACAAGCACAACGAUGUAACGUACAAACAAACUCACCAGAAGAGUUCUUCCGAAUUGCUGUCUUCCUACCAUUUGUGGACCAUUUCCUAAGCGAACUAAAUAGCAGGUUCUUAAGUCACAAGACCCUCCUUACAAGCUUCAUGUGCUUGUUGCCGUCAGAAGAAUCUCUGAAGGUUUCUGCGAGGCCAUCACGCGAGCAGUUAACUCAGUUAGAAACUCUUGUAGACAAGUAUUCAUUUGAUGUUGGCACUCACCAUCUUGGGGCUAAAGGAGAACUAGAAAUAUGGUACCGUGUAGUCUCACAGUUAGAGAAUAAACCCAAAAAUGCACUGGAAGCACUCAUUCGAUGUGAUCCCAUUGACUUGCCCUCUAUACAUACCCUGCUCAAACUUCUUGCAACCCUCCCUGUCUCAACAAGCUCCAGUGAAAGAUCGUUUUCAACAAUGAAAAGAAUAAAAACAUAUCUCAGGAAUACUAUGGGUCAAGAUCGCCUUAACGGCUUAGCAUUGCUUAACAUCCAUCGUGAGAUCUCCAUCAAUACCGAUGAGAUAUUAAGUCGGCUUGCCGAAGAGGCACCAAGACGAAUUAACUUGAGAAUCUAGAGUAAGUAUUUCAUAUUUAUUGUUUUCAUUAAUUUGUUUGCAUACUUUUUUGUUUUGCGUGCUUGUCUCACCGGAGGUCGGUCUGGUCAAGGAGUUAUCGGGCAAGCGCCUGAUAACUCUUUGGUCUGGUUACGGACAGUUCCCCUACCCA